CAUCGAAAGACUUUCAAAUAAAUUAGACAAAUUUGGACGUUUGGGUAACAAACCUUCACGUUGCUAUCAUUCAGCUACUUUGGUUGAUCAUUAUAUGAUUGUACUUUUUGGAAGAAACGAUCUUUUUUUACCAUCACCGACAAUGAAUGAAGUAUAUGUUUUAGAUACAAGUGACAAAUUUGAUUAUAAAUGGAUUAGCGAAUAUAAACUUGGUGGACCUGUACCGACAACGAAUUCUACGCUAACUACUCCUAACACUAACGUUGGCACUAAUAUAGCAUUAAUAGCAUCGACUGCAGUUUUAGGAUUUUUAUUUGUUUUAGCCAUAGGCUUAUUAAUUUUCUUUAGUUAUAAAAGAAAACGAAAUAUUUUAUUGAUACCCGGUUCUGAAAAAUAA